AGACGACGUACAUGUACAUCAUCAAAACAACUAUCGUCGAAGAUAGAGCGAAGGAUUGUGCAUAAAAAUACGCCACGGAAUGGAUGCUACAAAAAGACCACUACGUAUCCCACCGCAGUUUGCAACUUAUGCACAGAAGCAUGAGUUAUUUGAACUGUAUAGACGCCUUAUUUCAAGACUUCUCAUUGACAAACCUGAUGAUCCUUUAAAUUUCAUCCUUGAGGAAUUGAAACGGGAAGACGAUGAUGUUCCAGCAAUUAUAAUUCAAGGCCCACCUGCAUCUGGUAAGACAACGAUAGGCAAAAUGGUGUCUUCAAAGCUACGGACAGCACACAUCACUCAACAGCUUCUACUAGAGGAUGAUGUAUCUCCGCUUGCUGCCAAGGCUAGGGCAAUAAUAGAUAAGAAAGAGUCCGUCCCAAUGGAUCUCUGGGUGAAGUUGAUACAGGCACGACUUAAACUCUUUGACUGUGUUAAGAAAGGAUGGGUGAUGGAAGGCUUCCCUGUAAACAGAGGCCAAGCCCUGGCACUGCAAGAAGUUGGUAUAGCACCAAAGCAUUAUGUCAUUCUUGAAGCACCAGACACUGUCCUCAUUGAAAGACAAAUGGGCAAAAGAGUAGAUCCAGAAACACAAGAUGUGUACCAUACCACAUUUGACUACCCCUCAAAUCCUGAAGUUGAGAAGAGGUUGAUAGAGCCUCCGGAAGGUUGCACGGAAGAUGAGAUGACAGAACGCCUAGUACUAUACCACAGGCAUGCAGAUGGCCUCAAACAGUGCUACCAGAAGUUUGCUAAAACCAUCAAUGCUGACCAGCCGAAAGCUGAUGUUUUUUCACAAGUUAUGACUGCUUUGAGUACUAAGCAUCGAAGCCUGGCCCCACACACGCCACGCAUUGUUCUUCUAGGACCAACUGGAAGUGGCAAGAGUGUACAAGCUGCCUUGUUGGCCAGUAAAUACAACAUAAUCAGUGUGUCUUCUGGUCAGCUUGUCAAGGAGGCAAUAGCUAAUGAGUCAAAGAUAGGAGAGGCUAUCAAACCAUAUGUGAACAGAAAUAUGCCAAUACCAGACAAUCUUAUUCUGAAACUCCUUGAGGAUCGUUUGAGCCAGAUAGACUGUGUUACAAGCGGCUGGGUAUUGCGAGGCUUCCCACGUACCAGAGAACAGGCAGAAAAUCUCAGUACUGCAGGUUAUGAGCCAAAUAGAGUGUUCUGCCUAGAUGUACCGAAUGACUCUGUUUACGAGAGAUUAACAUUGCGAAUGGCUGACCCAGUAACAGGUAUUAUGUACCACACUCUCUACAACCCACCACAUUCCAGCCACAUCAAAGACAGAUGUCAACGUCAUCCAGAUGACUCCGACGAGGCUGUGCAACAAAGAUUGUCAGCCUACAAUGCAUACAUAGAAGAGCUGACGGACUUCUAUAAGCGGGCCCAGCAUAUCAAUGCCGACCAAGACCCUCACACAGUAUUUGAAUGUAUAGAGAGUAUGCUGGUCAACCAACUUCCAUCUAAUUUGGAUAGAGAUUGAUAUCCAUGCUAUCACAAUUUGUAUAAGGAUUGAUCCCCUAUUAACAGAAAGUUCAAAUUUGUGUUUUCUGAAAAUAAAAGCAAAUGUUAUAUUUAUUAUCAUAAUGAAAUGUCUCACUCAGUUGCACCUUGAAACCUGGCACUCGCUGCCGGGCGUCAAGAUUAUGUGAAGAACCCAACGCUAUGGCGCGCGCACAACUAAUCGUUUUUAAUGACGAUCCUGUCGGACUACCACCAACAAUCAGCAGACGGCAUCGCGUCGUCUAGCACUCACAUAGAGCGGAUUUGCAUUCGUUGUGUAAUGAUCGCACGAUUGUCGUACAACGUAGUGACUGCCCGGCUUAAGACAACACCACGUCUUACUAUACUGUAGUCAAUUGGAAGCUCUUUCUCUUUGAAAGAAAUUAACUGUUAAACAUUAUAUAUCGAUUGUAUAAUAAAUUUUUGUUUGUGUAAAUAUGCAGUUAUUUUGUUUUUGUUUUUUAAUUAGCAGUGCUGACUGCACCUUUACAUUACAUAUGCUCUAAAUAAGAGGAACAAAUAAAAAAUUAGUGUUCUUUGAUAAUAAUUGUUGUAA